UGACGAGUCACCACCUGAUGCGCCCCCGGAAGCAGUCAAACGGCAAACUUUUUUUAAUGUUUAAAAACUUGAAAGAACUAUAGCUAAGAUCGAAGGUGUUGUGACUUUGUGUUACCUAUUUAAAGACAACCCGUUAUUUAUAGAAAUAAAGUAGGUAUUGUUGUCCGUAUAACUGUAAAUGUCUCGAAGUUAUUUACAUUGUUAUCCGCCUUUUAGGUUGCUAGGUGUUGGGAGUAAUCGCGACGUGGACUGUUUUCGUUAGUCCUCUCAUUAAUGGCUGAUAAGAAGGUGUCUGAUUACGUGGCGAAAACUGAAGUAAUGUAACUUUUCAUCAUCCUCAUCGGCGGCAGUGGGCAGAGUUCCAGGUUCUCAAAUCUCGGCAGGUAGGAUGGAGUAGGCGGGUGAAUGUGUAUUUGGUUCUGUAGCAGUACUUCUCAACUCCAGGGAAUGUUAAAGCCAUGUGAGAUGACCUGCUUUGAUUUACCUGCCUUGUCCUCGUCUCCUCUAAUCCGCUAAUCUCCAGUAUCCUGUUGCGGCUUCAUAUACAGGACGGCUUCGUCACUCCAUAGUUUUCGGUUUUCUUAGGAGACAGUGUUGGUUGCACCCGGAACCCAAAUAACACUUCACUCCUGGCACAAUUAAAAUUCGGUAUUCAAGGGGGAGCAAUCAUAGCAAAGGAAAAGGUGUGCACUCCAUUUUUGGGGAUGAGAAGAGGAUCGUGAACUGGGGGAUUAAGAGUCCGGAACAUGAGUCUGUUUGGAAGGAGGAAGCGGACUAAGUUUUUGGUAUUGAUUGGGGCUUGCCUGGUCUGCUAUCUACUCUUCCACAAAAGCUCACAGAAGGACAGCGGUGCGGCUGCGAAUAAAAGGGUGGCUCCGGUGGAAAACGAUCCCGAUCACAAAGCUGAUCUAGAGGAUUUAAAGAGACCCGUUUACGAGAAGCCCCCGCUGGAUCCUAACGCACUUGGGGAGCUGGGAAGACCGGUUAAAUUGAAUCUGGAAGGUGACGAGAAAAGGAAGGAGGAGGAGAGCAUUCGGAAGCACCAGAUCAAUAUUUAUGUCAGCGAUAAAAUUUCACUGCACCGACGGCUGCCAGAAAGGUGGAACCUCUUGUGUAAAGAAAAACAAUAUAAUUACCGUAGCCUACCCACCACAUCAGUUGUAAUAGCAUUUUAUAAUGAAGCCUGGUCUACUUUGCUGCGGACUGUGCACAGUGUGCUUGAGACAUCACCAGACAUAUUGCUCACUGAAAUUAUCCUGGUGGAUGACCAUAGCGACCGAGAACACUUGAAACAGGCGCUUGAAGACUACAUUUCUACCUUGCGCAAAGUAAGACUGAUUCGGGCACGAAAGAGAGAGGGGCUGGUCAGAGCAAGACUGCUAGGGGCUUCCAUAGCAAAAGGAGAAGUGCUGACAUUUUUGGAUUGUCACUGUGAAUGUCAUGAAGGUUGGCUGGAGCCACUACUUGAAAGAAUCCAUGAAAAGGAGUCUGCAGUAGUGUGCCCUGUUAUUGAUGUUAUUGAAUGGAACACUUUUCAAUAUCUUGGAAAUCCUGGAGAACCUCAGAUUGGUGGGUUUGAUUGGAGGCUUGUUUUUACAUGGCACGUUGCCCCUGAUCAUGAGCAAGCACACAGACGAUCUCCAAUAGAUGUUAUCAGGUCUCCCACAAUGGCUGGAGGAUUGUUUGCUGUUAGUAAGAAGUACUUUGAAUAUUUGGGCACCUAUGAUACUGGAAUGGAAGUCUGGGGAGGAGAGAAUCUCGAGUUUUCUUUCAGGAUUUGGCAAUGUGGGGGCAGCCUGGAGAUCCAUCCAUGUUCUCAUGUGGGGCAUGUGUUUCCAAAGCAAGCUCCUUACUCUAGGAGUAAAGCUUUGGCGAACAGUGUACGUGCUGCAGAGGUGUGGAUGGAUAAUUAUAAAGAGCUAUAUUAUCAUAGGAACCCUCAUGCUCGCCUGGAACCUUUUGGUGAUGUAAGUGAGCGACUAAAACUUAGGGAGAAGUUGGGAUGUAAAGAUUUUAAAUGGUACUUAGAAAAUAUUUACCCGGACAUUCAUGUUCCAGAGGACAGACCAGGAUUAUUUGGCAUGCUUGUAAGCAAAGGCAUGGGAAACUACUGUUUCGAUUACAAUCCUCCAGAUGACCACAAUGUUGUUGGAAACAAAGUAAUUUUAUAUGUUUGUCAUGGCAUGGGACAAAACCAGUUCUUUGAAUACUCUUCAUACGAUGAAAUUAGAUACAACACCCGGGAGCCUGCUGCAUGUGUAUCAGUUGAACAAGGUACUGAUUACCUGACAAUGCAUCUCUGCAGGAGAAACCAAAAUCCAAUCCCUGAAGAUCAAAAAAUUAUUUUUCGAGAGGAUGGUACGCUAUAUCAUGUUCAAACUGGUAAGUGCUUAGAAGCUGUGGAAAAGACAGAAGUGGGAAGCCGUGCACCUCUUUUGCGACGCUGCUCAGAUUCAGAUGUUCAGAAGUGGUUUUUCAGGGAAAGGACAUAAUAAAGGAUAAUUACUUCAAAUUAUGGCAAAGACUCUUGGAUCCGCCCAUGUUACUGGACCUAAUGGCAGCUUCAGCCUCUCUUGUGUCUAUUUUUCUAAUAAUAUAUUUUUUUAUUUUCUGCAUAGAUUAAAAACUCUCUCUUGACAUCUUUUAUGUUAUCAUAUUUUAAAUCUUUCUUUAAAUAGUUUACAGUUGAAAAUUUAAGUGUGAAAAUUUUUUCCAAAUGAGGACUUGUUAGCUUUCAGUUUACCUGAUUAAUCUUGAAUUAUUAGUAUUAGUAUUUUUUACUUUAUUUUGGCUUACAUUGUGAUAUUUCUUAAAAUUCACUUUAAGUUUUCAGCUUACCCAUUGAUAAUAAGUUGACAUUUUUGUGAUAAUUCAACCAUUUUUACAUUUUGACAGUAAAAAAAGUAUAUUCUUUGUGCCUUGUACAUGUAAGAAUUAUACUGUAGGUAGAGUAUGUAGAGUUCUAAAGCCCACAUUUCAAAUAUUGUCUACAAUCAGUCAGGAUUUCAAUCAUUGUGUAAGUCUUCCAAAGAUCCAGAAAGAUUAUAGGCUAGGCAGAACUGUAACUAUCGGUUCUGCUGUUUGAGGCCAUAGUCAUGCUUAUAUACACACACACACACUGACCAGAAGCACUGGAGGCUGCUGUAUUUGGUGAGUGAAAUGAAAUAUUUUUGAAGAUAUGGUGGAAAUGUCCAAUUCUACUCUCAAGGCAUUCCAAUUCAGAUUCUGCCCUUGGAUCCGUGUUGUAAUAAAGAGAGGUUACCUUCAGAGUUUCCAGCAAUUUAAUUACUUAUUGAUAGCAAUGUGAAUCAAGAAUAGUUCAUUAGGUAUUGACAAGGAAAGGUUAUACUAAAAACUUUGAGGCUUAAAAAUAUUUGCACUGUUACUCACUCGCUUUGUUUGGUCAUUAGUAAACACCACUCAAGAAAUCUGAUAAUAUUAAUUGGUAGUUUUUGAACUGAAUAUAAUUUAGAGCACUAAACAAAAUUUAAUUUAUAUUUGUAUUGGAUUUAAGGUUUGGAGUGCAUCAUAGUAAUUUUACAACUGGUUAUUUAACGAUUAUCUUUACUAAUUUACAUCCAUGUGUAACUGUCUAUAUAUUCAUUUUACUUUACAGUUUAAUUUUAUUUUUUUGUGGGAGUUUUAAAUUUCUCCCUAUUAACUGUGUGAUGUCUUGUUUAAACAUACUGUUAGGUUCUGAUUUAACCAGUCAUAAAACAGAGAAAGUGGGAACUAUCACUGUGGCGCUCCAUGAACACAGUAGUUAAUGUUAUCUAUUAUAAAAAAAAUCUUGGAAUGAGAAGACAAUUUGAUGUCCUGCAAGAGACACUUUAACGUCCUGUGAGACAAGGCAGUGAGAUAAAAGGACAGCUGCUGUACAGGCUUUUAAAUGAUCGACACGCGACAAGCAGAACACGCAGCUUGGUGGCAGCAGAAAGACAGCAGCUGAUCAGAACGAAUGCGUCUUCUCAGCGUGCGUUCAGGAACCCCACCCGAUAACGCGCGUGGCAGAAACACGAGAUGGCUGGAGCUUAGCGCGCCUGGGGGGGUGAGCAAAGCAAGCCUAAUUUAUAUAAAAAUAUUAAAAAUCAUUUGCAUUUUGUAUAAAAAAUUUAUAUUGCUUAAUGACCUGAAGGUGUCAAGUAAUGAAAUUUUUGGGAGUAUGCUUUUUCACAUUAUUCUCUAAUUUGUUGUUUAUGCGUUGAAAAUGGCGAGUGUAAGUUAACUUAUUUAAAGCAAAUGUGCCUUUUGAAAGUGAAUGAAUGCGCAUGGACUUUAAGGAUUCUUAUUCUAAUUUUGCUUCAGAUUUUCAUGGUGGUUCUUUUUUCACAAAUUUAAUGGUUUAAAAGUAUGUUAUUUUGAAAUGUGUUUUUCUACAAGCACCAAGAACUCUCAGAUUCAGUGUGCUUUUCAUUACAAGCAAGACCACCAGCAAAGUUGUUAUGUGUACAUUCACUUCAUCAAAUUUACACAAGGGAUAUUUACAGUAGUAUCCACAUUAGAGACGUAGAUGUAAUUAUUGUAGUUAUGAUUGGUCAAUUUUGACUUGUGUUGUAGGGUUUUCACCUCUGCUGUAUACUGCACGCGAGCCAUUUAUUACAGAUUCUUUAUUAAUUGCGGAUAUAAUUUAUUAUUUUGAAUCUAACUUUUUUUAGUCACAGAAGUCCAUAUUACCUGCCUAAACUGCAGGAGGUGUUUGCACUUUGUCUGCGGUCCAGCACACUUGAUGACUCUACCUUGCACAAAAAAUCAGUAUUGCACAAAACAAACAUGUUCCACGUAUGGAGCAGCAGCUGACUGAGCUGACACAUUUAGUGGGUAUUUAUGAAGGCUUUGAGAGGGAAAACUGUUGUGAAAGUAAUACUGGAGUCAAGCUUGGCCAAAUUCCAGACUCUGGUGGUUAGCUGAAAUUAAGAACUUCAGUCUAGGGAAGUUAGUUUUAUGAAUGAGUGUACUACUUAUAAUGUAUAAAUACUACUGAAACUGAACUAGAUGUAAAAUAUGUAACACAAGAGUGGCAUCAUUGCAAUGUAGACAAACUUUUACAUUGAAAAUGAAAAACAUUACAAGUCAAACUUCUGAGCUGAAAUUUCCUGAAAGCAAUACAAAUGCACUAAUAUAACAAAGUUCGCAAAUGUUUGUUACAUUUCUUUAAACAAUUAUCACAAUAGUAGUGGGCACAUGUUGAAGAGUGAUAGUGUAUUCUUUAUUGUAUUUUUGAUUUGUUUUUACUUUUUGGAGGAAAAAAAAGCAGACAAUGGAUCAAUGUAUGAAUGAUUUGAAGAAAUUAUAGCUUUAACCGGUACCGACUCCUGUAUUGCAACCAAUAUAAAAUGAGAUGGCAGAAAAAUGUUUUUUUUUUUUUUUUUUUUUUUUUUACAAUUUAUAAGAAAUAUUGUGAUUGAGGGACCUGUUCUAUGCACUGUGAUUAUUUUUUAAUAAAUCUGCCAUGGAUUAAUGAAAAAA